AUGGGCUGUUGCUUCAGAGCUGGACGACAGGACCGGCAAGAUUCAUUCGAAAUUGGCGUCGCGAAGCUGGUGCAGGUGUGCGAGGGCACCGUAACCAUGGGCAGCAGCAGCCGCGGGGAGUACGGCUGCUCCGUGGACGAGCUGCGCACUCUGAUGGAAUAUCGUGGAGCGGAGGCCCGAGAGAAGCUAGACAUCGAGUAUGACGGAGUGGAAGGCCUGUGUAGGAGGCUGAAGACAGACUCCAGCAACGGGCUGCCUCAGGACAAGGACGAGCUGGACAGGAGGCGAGCUGUAUUUGGUGCCAACGAAAUUCCGCCGCAUCCGCCGAAAUCGUUCCUGCAGCUGGUUUGGGAGGCGCUUCAGGAUGUGACCUUAAUUAUUCUGCUUGUCAGUGCCAUUGUAUCCCUUGCGUUAUCAUUUUAUCGACCACCUGAUGAUGGCUUAGGAGCCGGUUCCGAUGACUCUGAGCACGAGGCCGGUUGGAUCGAAGGAGUUGCAAUCCUCAUCUCAGUCGUUGUAGUCGUUCUUGUUACUGCUCUGAAUGAUUAUACGAAAGAGCGCCAGUUUAGAGGUCUGCAAGCGAAAAUUGAAACGGAGCAUAAGUUUGCUGUUAUUCGUGGCGGUGUGCAGCUGCAGAUUGUCGUUAACGAGCUAGUCGUAGGAGAUAUCGCCCAAAUUAAAUACGGUGAUUUGCUUCCCGCGGAUGGCAUACUUGUGCAAAGCAAUGAUCUUAAAAUUGACGAGUCUUCAUUGACGGGUGAAUCGGAUCAAAUCCGUAAAAGUCCUGAAUUUGACCCAAUGCUUCUUUCUGGUACACAUGUGAUGGAGGGAAGUGGCAAAAUGGUUGUUACGGCGGUGGGUGUUAAUUCUCAGACAGGAAUUAUCAUGACGCUUCUUGGUGCCGCAAAAGACGUUGUUGAAGAGGAGCGGAAAGCCGCAAAACGCGAAGGUAAUUCAGAUUUUCCACUCAUUUUGUGCGAUAAAUUUUGGGAAAUGCACUGUGGCAAGCAACAUGACAUUUUGUCGUAUUGCAUCCCGAGAAUCUUGCGUAUUCCGUUAAUGGAUCGCGAAAUUCGCCUACCUUCAAGGUAUUGUGGCAAGGACAAGAGGAACGCGCCAUGUACUGUCGCAAGUGCACGCUUUCUCCACGGAGACGCAGUAGCAGCUGCAGGAGUUGAAGAUGGAACUGCCCAGGCUCUUCUAACAGAUCGUAAGUUUAUGGUAUCUUUCGUGCCUUUCAGCACUCAAUAAAU